CUCGGCUUGAUCGCCAGUUGGUAAACAGCAAACAUGGCGGCUUCCAUGAAGAGAGCCGCUCACGACAUAGAAACGCGAAAGAGGACCGACGAUGUGCUUCUGGCGGAGGGGAUUGACUUCAGCUCCCUGCUGUUGUCUCAGGCCGUGCUAGACGGUCUGUCCUCCGCGGGGUUUCAGAAACCGUCCCCGAUCCAGCUCAAGGCGAUCCCGCUGGGCCGCUGCGGACUCGAUUUGAUUGUACAAGCGAAGUCUGGAACAGGGAAGACAUGUGUGUUUGUCACCAUUGCCCUGGAUUCUCUUGUCCUGGACAAUCCUGCCACUCAGGUUCUUGUGUUGGCUCCGACACGUGAGAUCGCCGUGCAGAUCCACUCGGUGGUGAUGGCCAUCGGCUGCUCCAUGGAAGGCCUGGAGUGCCACGUUUUCAUCGGGGGCAGGCCUGUGAGCCAAGACAAAGCCCACCUGAAGAAGUGCCACAUCGCCGUGGGCUCCCCCGGUCGCAUCAAGCAGCUAAUCGAGCUAGGCAUGUUGUCGACGGCGAGCGUCAGGCUUUUUGUUCUGGAUGAGGCGGACAAGCUGCUGGAGGAGGGCAGCUUUCAGGACCAGAUAAACUGGAUCUUCUCCUCUCUGCCGGCCAACAAACAAAUGCUUGCGCUCUCUGCCACCUACCCAGAAUCCCUUGCCCAUCACCUUACCCGCUACAUGAAUGAACCGACUUUUGUCCGACUCAAUCCAAGUGACAUGGGCCUGAAAGGUCUAAAGCAGUAUUACAAGCUGGUGCAGUCCCAUCCGCUACCUCACAAAGUUUUUGAGGAGAAAGUGCAGCACCUGCUCGAGCUGUUCAGUAAAGUCCCUUUUAACCAAGCCUUGGUGUUCUCUAACUUGCACACAAGGGCCCAGCACCUGGCAGACAUCCUGUCCUCCAAAGGCUUGCCUGCUGUUUGUAUUUCAGGUGGUCUGAGUCAGGACCAGAGGCUUGAGGCGAUGUCCAAACUGAAGCAGUAUCAGUGCAGGGUGCUCAUCUCCACCGACCUGACUUCCAGGGGUAUAGAUGCAGAGAAAGUGAACCUGGUGAUCAACCUGGAUGUGCCACAGGAUUGGGAAACCUACAUGCACAGAAUCGGACGGGCUGGGCGGUUUGGCACUCAGGGGAUGGCUGUGACCUACUGCUGCCAUGGAGAAGAGGAGAACAAGAUGAUGGCCAUUGCUCAGAAGUGUGGGCUCAGUUUGUCUGCUUUACCAUCCACCUUAGAGCCUGCUUUGAUGGAUGAGCAAUGUGACUGGGACGUGUGCUCCGAGGCCACCGCUCCAGACAAUAUAUCUCAGCUGAUUUCCAGAACUGUGAAGAAAAAGCGUACAAAGGCCGGAGCGCCGGUGUCUGAUCCCAUCGGUAACAAAGCUGUAGACUCCAGCGGUCAGAAGAGGCCAGAUAAAACCCAAACAGCAACCCUGACACCACAGGUCGAAGAGGAAAAAGAAAGGGAGGUGGCUUCCAUCAGGGUGGAGAGUCAGCAGCGUCGUCCCCCACAAGUGCCGCCGACUAGGAAGGAGCUGCAGGACGCCCUGCCAAAGAUCCCCCCCCUCACCGCAUUCAAGAGCAGCCGGCCGAAGUUUGUCACGUUUGAGGAGGCCGAGCUGGACUUCCAGACCUUCAUCACCACAGGUUUGGGCCGGACAGUGGAGAUCAUCAGAGAGUUCAGAGGGAGGGAAUGCGGUGAUGAGAAUGAGAGCGAGAACGGGCACAACGAGUACGUCACGCUGGAGGACGAGGGCGCUGUAGUUUUGAACCAAAGGUGCGAACGAUUGCAACCGAUCUCUGAUUCCUCCCACUCUGAUCCGGACGUUGGUGCCAAAUCCCGAGGUUCGCAGGAGUCCACAGGUGCUGAACAAAAGGCGGUUUUCAUCAAACAUGUGGCUGGAACUGCAUCUGCUGUGCCCAAAGGCAUUAAACCCACAAUAUACGACAAGAAAACCAGUUCAACAAGCGGGGGAGCUCCAUCUCAGCCUGAGGGCAACGAGUUUCUAAGAAGUAGACAAGCCAAGCAGACCACACCUGCUCAGACUCACAGGGAAAAGUCCCAAAAAAUGAAAAGAGAUAGCGGAAAGUUGUUCAAGACUGAAGGAGAGCCAAAGAGGGAGACUGAUGAAGAUGAGUGCAUGGAGACGGAGGAGGACAGGAGCGCUGAGGCGUACUGGAAAGCCUGCUACGAAGCCUGGAGCGAUUACUACUCUGCUAUGUCCGUUUUCCCAGAGCACGGCUACCAGAGCUACUACAGCGUAGCUCACAACUGGAUGGCCGCUUACCGCAUGAAUGCCGUCUACAUGCAGGAACUCAUGAAAGACUAAUUCAGCUUUUCAAGUCAUUCUGAUAUGUUAGAAAAUGCCUUCAGUCAUCGUUCGUUUCUUGCUGUUUCCUGCAUGUAUUUGAUUCAAAGAGCAGGUUUACUCAUUUACAACCACUUUGUAACACAUUACCCAGACUCUGCACUGUACUAUAUUUUAGAUCCUAUUCUUUUCUGUCAGGUUCGUUUGAAUUCAUCGUAUCAGUGUAUGAUUUGUAUGCAGGGCAAAUACUUCCAAAGCAAGAUUAAACAGUGGCAUUCUGCAUGUUUUCUCCACCUGCCCCUGAUUACAGGCCAAUCAGCCCAAGUGCCAAUUCACCCAAUCAGCGCUAGGCAACACAAACGGCAAAUAGCACUCGAAUAAAUAAACUGGAGGAACACUUGAGCUAAUUCCUUCAGCCGUAGCAUAUUUGUUUCUGAUUUAAAUCAGAUGAAAGCGAAAUGUUUUCUGAAGUUCAGGCCAAGCGGAGGAGUGAGCGGUAACCAGGAGGAGAUUUCUUAGAAAUCUGUGAAAGAGAUUACGAAUUAGAGGUCAGGGAUGCACAAAGUGAAGCAGAGAUGAUCACACUUAUGCGCACAAUACCACAUUUUGUCAUGAUUGUGUGCAAAAUUUGGAUUAAAUGUAGCCUGUCUAUAGAUAAAGAGUGAAGAGCCGUGUUGUAAAUGGAGCUUCAAUAAGAAAAAAAGAACCGUGGGGGUAAGAACCGAAACUAAAAGUUGAAGAAAUUAGAAAUUAUUCAAAACUGCUUUUAAAAGCAUCCAGAGCCUUAAAAAGUCAAAGUCUGCAUAAAUGUGCUUUUCAUGUCAUUAUCUGUCAGGCAUCCGCGUUGUCAUGACCCCCUGACGGCAAAGGUAAAAAAAAAAGGGAUUUACGUUUUAGAAUGUGACGGGAUCUUUGAAGUGCACAAGCAAGCAAAAAGGAUCCUCGGGUUGUUGGUGAUGAAUGGGAUGGGGGUCGAAGGUUCCUGCUGUUCAUCUUAGCCGCUGUGAACUUCCUGAAGUGCUCCGCAGACACGCUGCUGCUACUCUCUUCUGCUCUGUGGGAGAGAGCGGCAGGGGCCGGCGUGCACCAUUUCAUCUAUGAAGUUGUGUCAAAAUGCUUAGCGGUGAAUAUC